AUGAAUAUGUUGGAUGAUGAAGAUGACCAAAGCUUUCACGCUACGCGUGACGGCUACUCCCAUUUGAGUGAUGUCGAAUGGGAUGCGGUUGAACGAAUGGGUUCGACCAUGGGCAUCCAUGCUGUUAGCGUCAUGCUAGAGGCUCUCAAUAGAGAUGCCCAACAUGCUACUAUCGCCAAGUUCAUUCAAAAUGAACUUGACGCAGAACGCGAGAAAGUAGCCUUGCUUCACCAACAAGGUUCUCAACAAGCAGAGUUGUUGAGAGAACAAGGUGCUCAACAGUUUGAACUGUUGAGACAGCAGCAGGCUGCUGCUGGCGGGUCGAUGCACUCGCGUCGGCCCGAGACUUUGAAGAUUGACAUCUCAAAGUAUAGAGGGGUCGAAGAAGACUCCCUCUUGAGAUGGUUCGUCGAAUUGGAUGACGCCAUAAGGGCGCGUCGCAUCGACGACGGGGAUAUGCAAGUUGCAUUUGCCCAGUCAAAUCUGGCAGGACGUGCCAAGACUUGGGCACUGGGGCUCAAGCUGCACGACCCAUACGCGUUUGGGUCGUUGGAAGUCUUCAAGUCGCGGCUCAGACAAACGUUUGAACCGCCUAGAGCUGAGUUCAGAGCUCGAACCGAACUCUUGAAGCUCCAAACAAGUUCCAAUCCGGUGGAUGAACACACGUUGGUUUCGGUGUUCAUGCAGGGUCUUGCGGAUGGUCCCGUCAAGACUCACCUGUUCCGGCUUGAACUAGAUUCACUAGAACAAGCCAUUUCCAUUGCGGAGCAGGAAGACUUCAGUCUGAGACAGGCUCGCGCCAGCUCGACAUCAUAUCGUCAACCGAGACGAUAUGACAACGGAGGUCCAGAGCCGAUGGAACUCUGUUAUGUAGAGAGCGAGAAGGCUCGCUCUACAGGCUACAAGAAGUUGCAGAGAUACAACAGAUGUCAAAAGACAGGACACUACGCUUACGAGUGUAGUGCCCCUCGUCCAGUGUCUCGCGACACUGGGCGUAGUGACCGUCCGCCCAUGAGAAAGGGGCAGGGACGAGGGUCCGCAGUUGGUGCAAAGACGCAACAACGGGAUGGACCGUCAAAAAACGGACAGGAUCAGUAG